CUACCUGCCUGAGGUUCUAUCCAGAAUUCCAAGUGACCCCAGUACCACUGGACCCCACAGCGGUGUGCACUGCCUGGUUGUCCAAGGACCUCCAGGUCUACUUCAUGGCAAAAAGCGUGAACAACAGCGUCCAGUGCGUCUCCAGCUGCAGCUCACAGCACCCGGACUACUUCAGCUGUGGUAAUGGGAACUGUCAGAUCCGGUCCAAUGGGCCCAACUGCUUUUGCCCCCAGUCGGACUCUUACUGGUACACCGGCUGGCACUGCGAGCAAAGGAUCAGCAAGGUGGGGGUGGCCGUGGGGGUGGCGCUGGGCCUGGCGGUCCUCCUGAUCGUGAUCCUUGUCCUGGCCAUCCUCCUCUGCUGGCAGCACCAGACUUGGCAGCCCAGGCUGAAGAAUCCGGCCAUCAGUGAGGAGGCCUGGUACGAGAAUGACCCGGAAUGGAGCCCCCCCUGGCUGCCUCGGCCCCACAUCCCCGCCAGGGAUGGCAGCAGCAGCACCAGCAUCAGUGCACCAGCCCCCACAGACCCAGAUGGCCGCUCCAGCAGUGAGGACGGACGGAGCUCCCCGCCAGACCAAGGCACCUUCCGGCCACGGCUGGACAAAGUGGACACCUCCCUUCAG